AUGUCGCGCUUUCCUCACUCCAAUGUUGGGUUGGUGAUUGGACUGGUGAGUCUCUUGCUGCAAUUGCAUCGGGUGAUGGUCAUCACUGAGGCCGCGGCGAUUAAUUCCUUCACAGUCAUUUUGGUUAAUGACCGCAAUUCGGCGGCCCUACGUGAAGCACCUACCGGAACAACUAUGCAAAUACCCCCAUAUGUUGUACGCCUUUCAGCUGAUUGGACAGUCAUUGAAAACCCUCAGUGGAAUGAAGUGUCAUCAGAGGAGAAUGACUCGGAAGGGAGGUUAUUGCAUUGCCGUCUGCCGCUGCCACAGGAUGAGAACACAGUGCAGACGCAAGUGAAACAUUACAUACAACUUCAAGAGCACCGCACCGCCGUGAGAAUUUGGCAUUGGCUGGAAGGUAUGAUGAAUCGAGAUGGUUGUAUCUUUGGUGACGGCGAAGGACCCAUAACGGGGGUAUCCGAGUGGUACCUAUUCUGUGUGAGGGGCGCAGUUCGAAAGGUGAAUAAAACUACGGUAGCUGUUCUUUACGGAAAUCGAACUUCCCAAAAGUUGCAGCAAACUGUCAGAAGGUUGGUUCACCGGGCACGGUGGAGCAGUCAAGGAAGUGAAAGAUCUAAAAGUUUUAAACGCUGGACUUCCCGCAUAGGCGAGUACAAGGCUAAUGUAACGUGGCCCCGGUGGAAUGUGGAGCGACAGUUGUGGGAGUUAAUUUACCCUACGAGACGAGAGUGCCGUGCUUGGGAAGCAGAUGCCGCUGCAUUCGGUGAAUCCCCGGAGAGGUACAUCCGAAAUGAAAGCCACCGGUGGAGCGACAGUCGGUCUUUUACAUUACCGAGGAAUAAGGAGGUGUGGGAGACUGUUGUGCGCUUAUACUGCCAGCAAAACCAGGGUGACAGGCACGUGUUGGAUUGGAGUAUAACGGAGGUACUCCAAACGUGUACGCACGAGGUGUUAUUGCGGUCGCCAGCAGUAUGCGAAUGGAGCCAGGUCCUGCAAAACUUUCAUGUUAAUCCCAUUCCCUGUAUUCCAAUUUAG